CCACUUGUUAGCUAAAUGAAAAGAACGUGUUGCCAGAGAGACAGCCUGAUGUCCAUGCGUCCAGGCAUCAUGAUGUCCAUCGUGGCUCAGUAUCUGAGCCUUCUCACGCUGGCUCUCAGUGUGUUUGGACAGGAGCUCCCAUCAAGCCCUCAUGGUUGCACUGAUGGCAGCUGCUACCCUGCGACAGGAAACCUUCUGAUUGGACGGGCUGUCAAUCUAUCCGCCACGUCUACUUGCGGCCUGAACGGGCCGCAGCCCUACUGCAUUGUCAGCCAUCUGCAGGAGUCCGACAAGUGCUUUGAGUGUAACUCCCAGCAUCGCUUUGACCCGUACCGCCACAGAAACAGCCACCGCAUCGAAAACGUGAUCUACCUCAUGGACGGCAACGGAGACAACACAUGGUGGCAAUCUGUCAAUGGAGAGGAGAGUGUUAGCAUCAGACUGAACUUGGAGGCUGAAUUCCACUUCACGCAUCUUAUCAUAAAGUUUAAGACUUUCCGACCUGCAGCCAUGUUCAUCGAGCGUUCGGCUGAUUUUGGCCGCACUUGGCGCCCCUACCGCUACUUUGCCUCAAACUGUACCAAGACCUUUCCUGGCAUCCCUGCCAACGGCCUGCACCACAUCAACGACAUCAUCUGCGAGGAGCGCUACUCCGACAUCGAACCCUCCACUAAUGGAGAGGUCAUUUAUAAGGUUUUGGAUCCCGCUAUUCAUGUGAAAGACCCAUACAGCUUGGACAUUCAAGAACUUCUGCGUAUUACCAACCUGCGUAUCAACUUUACUAAGCUUAACACUCUGGGAGACGACCUGCUGGACCGACGCUUCGAUGUCCUGCAGAAAUAUUACUACGCCAUCUAUGAGCUGGUGGUCAGAGGGAGCUGCUUCUGUUACGGACACGCCUCAGAGUGCGCCCCAGUGCCAGGGGUGGACGCCCGGGAGAACGGCAUGAUCCACGGUCGAUGUGUAUGCAAACAUAAUACAGAGGGCCUGAACUGCGAGCGCUGCCGACAUUUCCACAAUGACCUGCCCUGGAGACCAGCGGAGGCAGAGAACCCACAUACUUGCAGAGACUGUGAGAUGUGCAAACCUUUCUACUACCAAGACCCUAAUAGGGAUGUCAGGGACCCACAAGCCUGUGUUGCCUGUGACUGUGACCCAGUCGGAUCAAUGGAGGGAGGAGUAUGUGACAGUCACACCGACCUGGACGUGGGUAUGAUCUCGGGACAGUGUCGCUGCAAAGCCAACGUCAAAGGCACGCGCUGCGACGACUGCAAGGAAAGUUAUUACGGACUCAGCCAGAAUGACCCGUUGGGCUGUCAGCCUUGCAACUGUGACCCUCGUGGCAUCAUCAUGGUGGGAGCUCCUUGCGACCAGAUCAGUGGGGACUGCUCCUGCAAAAGAUAUGUCACUGGUCGCUACUGCAACCAGUGUCUGCCUGAAUACUGGGGGCUCAGCAACGACUUGGCCGGCUGCAGACCAUGCGACUGUGACUUCGGUGGAGCCUUCAACAACAGGUGCAUGAUGGAGAGCGGCCAGUGUGACUGCAGGAGGCAUCUGAUUGGUCGACAGUGUUCAGAGGUUCAGCCUGGGUAUUUCUGUGCGCCGCUGGACUACUACAAAUACGAGGCAGAAGACGCCACUGGACACUCCCCCAGUGACUCUGCACUGCCGGGCAAAGUUCGUCCUCAGGCAGAGACCGACUGUGUUCAGCACCUCAGCAAUCAGCUGAGGAGGCACCGGCGUCACCGUCGUAUCACCAACUCGCAGCAACAUCGGGCAGCGCUGAGACGUAUCCGCCAGCUUCAACAAACACCGGAUGUGAGGACCGUUCAUAGAGAGCACACUCCCAGUCACAUGGUGACGUGGACAGGACCUGGUUUUGCCCGUGUGAAAGAUGGUGCCGGCCUGGUGUUCACUAUCGACAACAUUCCCUACGCCAUGGAGUACGACAUCAUGAUCCGCUACGAACCUGAGUCAACAGAGGACUGGGAGGCUAUAGUUAGUAUAACAUCUGUAAUGCUGCCGUCCAGUCUCCGGUGUGGAAACCUCCUACCAACUGAACAGCUCUAUACAGUGACUCUGCCGCACCGCAACAGAUACAUCCAGAUGCCCAGGCCAUUCUGUUUCGAGCCCAGUAAUCGUUAUGUAGUUUCAAUCAGGUUCCAGCGCCACGGGGUCACACACAGACAUCUCACUGCUUUCAUUCUCAUUGACUCGCUGGUCCUGAUCCCCAAAUACACUGAGCUUCCUGGUUUCCAAGGCAAUGAGCCAGAAGCAGAGCAGCGGCGGGAGGAGAUGAUUCGCUACAUGUGUCUGGAUUCCUUUAUGAUCACACCGAUGCCCGCCCUGGCUGAGAUGUGCUCCAAACUCAUCUGUAGUAUUUCAUCCAUCAUUCACGAUGGUGCUCUGUCCUGUCAGUGUGACCCUCAGGGCUCCCUCAGUGGUGAGUGUCAUAAGGUGGGAGGUGAUUGUCAUUGUAAACCCAACGUGAUGGGUCGACGCUGUGACCAGUGUGCCCCAGGAACCUACGGCUUUGGAGCGAAUGGCUGCACUGUGUGUGACUGCCACUCAGAGGGUUCAUUGAGCCACCAAUGUGACCCGGUUACAGGCCAGUGCCAGUGUAGGCAUGGAGCCACUGGGCGUCAGUGCUCAGACUGCCAACCAGGCCAGUGGGGCUUCCCCAGCUGCAGCCCCUGUCAGUGUAACGGCCACGCAGACAUCUGUGACCCCCGCAACGGGGAGUGUAGAGACUGCAGGGACUACACAACCGGACACCUUUGUGAACGUUGUGCGGAUGGGUUCUUUGGAAACCCGGUGCUUGGUUCAGGGGAUCACUGUCGGCCCUGCCCCUGCCCUGGUAACCCCGGCUCAGAUCACUUUAAUGCACACUCCUGUCAUGCUGACCACACCUCUAACCAGAUCAUCUGUAACUGCAGGCAAGGCUAUACUGGGCUCCGCUGUGACCAGUGUGCCCCUGGUUACUAUGGCAACCCAGAGCAAUACGGUGGGCAGUGCCUCCCGUGCGAGUGCAACGGCAACAUCGACACCAAUGACCCUGGCUCAUGUGACCCCAGGACUGGCCAAUGCCUCAAGUGUCUGUAUCACACUGACGGUCCGUCCUGCGACCACUGUCAACACGGUUACUAUGGCAGUGCUCUGGCCCACGACUGCAGACUUUGUACCUGUGUGACUGCUGGCACCAUCCACUCUGCUUGCAGCGAUGGACAAUGUCACUGUGACCGGCAGACGGGAGCCUGUCCUUGCAGGCAGAACGUGGCCGGCCAUAACUGUGACCAGUGUGCUCCUAACCACUGGAACUACGGUCAGGACAGCGGCUGUGAGCACUGUGGCUGCGACCCACAACACGCACUUGGAACUAACUGCAACAUGUUCACAGGCCAGUGCCAGUGUCGUCCAGGCUUUGGAGGUACACAGUGCACUGAGUGUGAGCAGUUCCACUGGGGAGACCCACGGCUGCAGUGUCAAGAGUGUAACUGCCAUCCGCAGGGCUCAGAGAUGACCCAGUGCGACCGAUCAACGGGGGCGUGCGAGUGCAAGGAGGGAGCAGCGGGGAAGCAUUGUGAUGAAUGCGCUCGCGGCUUCACCGGCGACUUUCCCAAGUGUGUCCAGUGUCACCCGUGCUUCCAUCAGUGGGACGAUGUGGUGUGCCAGAUCAAAAGGGACCUGGAACACAUCCAGUACACCGCGCAGAAGAUCCUGGAGAGCGGGGUCACGCCGGGAGUUGGGGACACACGCAUCAAAGAGCUGGAGAGGAAGUUGAAAGAAGUGCAGGAUCUAAUCGGUAUGGAGGACAGCAACAGGAUCCACCAGCUGAUUGGACAGAGCAUUGAUGACCUCAGGGCUGAGAUCGCCCUGACCGACGGACGUUUGAUGGCCGUCACCCGAGAGCUAAAUACAACAGCAGACGAAGAAGAGGCACUGAGACGCAUAUUGAGUGUCCUAGAGAAAGAGCUGACAGACAUCAACGCCACUGUGGCUCACAAACAGCGCCUGCUAGAUAACUACCUCACCUCCGGAUUUGCAGAUCAGUUUGAGAAAGUGAAGAAGAAUUAUCAGGAAUCUGUGAAGGCUGAGAAGAAAUGCAACGCUUCAGUGUCCGGUCCUCUCAGUCCAGUGGAACAGUCCAAAGAAACCCGCGCUGUCACUGAAGACCUGCUGGACGCCAGCAAAGUCAAGUUCCUCCGAGCUCUGGCUGCUCAGAACAAAUCAUUAAGCGAGCUGCAGCAGAAAGCCCACGACCUGGACAAGAAAGUCCAUCACCUCAGUCACAAGGUAUGUGGUGGUCAUAGCAAUGCCAGUGUCAACGGCAGUUGCCCAGACAGCCAAUGCGGCGGUGCCGGUUGCCACGACGAUCAGGGGAAUCGUGUAUGUGGAGGACAUGGAUGCAAUGGGACAGUGAGCACGUCUGUAGCAGCACUGGAUCAUGCCAGGAACGCCACUGACAGUCUGAACGCUGCCAAAGAGGAGCUGCAGAGUGUGGCGAAAAAGCUCCAGGAUAUAGCCUCUCUGACACAGGAUGUGAAGAACCAGGCGAUGAACACGCUGAAGAAAGCCCAGAAGAAGAAGGACCACUUUGAAAACAACAACAAGAAGCUCAAAGAUUUCAUUAAGAAGAUCAGAGACUUCCUCACUGAGGAGGGAGCAGACCCAGAGAGCAUAGAGAAGGUGGCUCUGCAGGUGUUGUCGAUCACGCUGCCGGUCAACAAGACCGCCCUGGACCAAAUGGUCAUGCAGAUAAAGAACAGCCUUUCCAACCUCACCAACAUCGAGGGGAUCGUCAACCAAACCUCGCAGCACAUCAGCAUAGCCAAGGAGCUGCUUGACAAAGCUAAAGAUGCCAAGAGCCGGGCAGAGGGAGUGAAGGAUACAGCCAAUAAUACCAAGCAGGCAUUGGAUAUGUCUGAGAAGGCCAUAGAGAAAGCCAGAGCAGCUCUGAAGGAGGCCAACAACAACCUGAACAGCACAAGGAAUGCUACGGUUGAGGUGGAUGAGAGGCUAACGCUGCUGGAGGAUAAGCAGAUGGAUGUCAUGAUGCGUUUAAGUAACCUUUCCAGAGAGGUGGAAGCUCUGAGGAACAAGACGGAGCAGAACAGACAAAUGGCAAAGGACGCCAUGGCACUGGCUAACAACGCCACACAAGUCGCAUCCUCACUUGAGCAGAGUCUCAACGACACGGAGAAUCGGUACCAGGAGCUGCAGAUGAAGGUGGACUCUCUCGGCGGGGAGUCUGGAGGUCUGAAUAGCAUCAACCAGAAGGCUCAGGACAUCAAGAAUGAGGCAGAAGACCUCUUAAGCCAAGCCACCAAGGGGAUAGACCAACUCAAGAAACUGGAGAAAAAGUUCAAGAGCAACGAGCAGCGGAUGCAGAAGCAGCGCAUGGAGCUGGACGAGCUGAAGGAAAACGCAACCUUGGUGCGGGACGUCAUCCGGGAACAAGUGCAGAAGUACAGCAACUGUGUGUGAGGAUGUGACAGUUCCCCGUUUACCGUUUGCUGCUGUAGUCCAGAACAGAGUUAUGACUGAUGCUGUGACAAAAAAAAAAAACUUGACCAAAAGGCUGCUUUGGUACCUCCAUUCUUUCACUGGCAUGUCAAGUUUUACACAUUACCUGUCAAGUGUUAGAUCACAGAAAUGCCUUCCUCUGUCCAUGUACUGUACCACCAACAUUGUCCUAUAAGGUGUUUAUGUCUUUAAGCUAUUAAAAUUCAUUGUAUAGACCAUGAUAAUUGAUUUCAUGAAUAAUAAGCAGAAGAAAUAUAUUGGUAUAUGUUAUCAGAAAUGUGUUUUCUUGACCAAAAGUGCUUUUAAGAUUUUGUUUUUGCUGUAAUUUGACCACAUGAAUAUGGUAUUUACAAUAUGACAUUCCUAUUAAGAAAUAAGUGGAAAGGUUGGACUUUUGAAAUGAAUGUUUAUUUUUUAUUACAAAAGAAACUCUUGAUUCAAUACAUAUAAAUGCAUACGCAAGCAUUCUUAUAAGCAGAAUUCAUACUGAGGUGUGAUGAUGGAGACAAAUAAAUUGGAUACAGUUUCUGUAAAUUCA